AUGGUAUUACCCGGACUUGCAGUCGCAACAGGCAAUGCCACUUUUCAAGACCGAUGUCUUGCAUUCACGCCAGAAGCUCAUGUCUCGAACUCGACUCGGACCGAGCUCCAAUUCGUCCCCGCUGGCACGAAUCUCACCUUCCCCGACAAUGACGCAACAUGCAAUCGCGCGAGUCAAGUGGUUUCAGUAGAUAUAUGUCGGGCAACACUGUCCAUCCCGACUUCGAACCGAUCCAGCAUCACGUUUGAAGUGUGGCUUCCGGAGGUUUGGACGGGUCGGACGCUAGCGACUGGGAAUGGGGGAAUCGAUGGAUGUAUCAAGUACGAAGAUAUUGCAUACGGAGUAGCGAAUGGGUUUGCCACGGUUGGAACGAACAAUGGCCAUAAUGGGACGCGUGGUAACGAUUUCUACCAAAACGAGGACAUUGUGAUUGAUUUUGCUUGGAGAGCGCUGCACACAUCUACGGUUAUUAGCAAAAGCCUCACAGCACUAUUCUAUGGCGAACCACUCGUUAAAUCCUACUUCCUUGGCUGUUCCCUAGGUGGCCGACAGGGUAUCAAAGCAGCAGAGAAAUUCCCAGAGGAUUUCGACGGAAUCGUCGCUGGUUCACCAGCAGUGGACUUCAACAACUUGUACUCCUGGCGAGCCAGCUUUUUCCCGAUCACUGGGGCAAUAGCUUCACCCGAUUUCAUCUCAGCAAAGACCUGGAACACUACGAUCCAUGAUGAGUUGCUGAGGCAAUGCGAUGAGCUGGACGGAGUCAAAGAUGGUAUUAUUGAAGAUCCAACGUUGUGUGACUUUCGACCCGAACCGCUUCUUUGCGGGCUGUGUACUAAUCAAAAUGGGAACUGUCUGAGUAUGGUGCAGGUAGACAUGGUCAAGAAGGUUUAUAAUGACUAUCUCUGGCCAAACGGGACCCUGAUGUUCCCUGGCAUGCAGCCAGGUAGCGAGGUCCUCGCCGCUCGGGGACUCUACGGCGGAUCCCCUUGGCCUACGUCCGUCGGGUGGUUUCGAUAUGCCGUGCUGGCGGAUCCCGCUUGGGACGCGUCUAAAUACAACUUAACCGACGCUUCUAUCGCUGCUACGAAAGACCCCGGUGAUGUCCGCACCUGGCCGUCGUCACUUUCAUCUUUCGAGUCUCGCGGUGGCAAAAUUUUGACUUACCACGGACUGCAGGACCAGCAGAUCACCAGCUUCAAUUCGGAUCGGCUCUACCAGCGCCUAGCUGCGGGCAUGGGUUACAAAUCAGAGCGGAUGGAUUUAUUCUACCGCUAUUUUCGCGUCCCGGGCAUGUUUCAUUGUAAUACGGGUCCAGGGGCUUGGGUUUUGGGCCAGGGUGGCGGCGCGGCUGCAAAGGGGAUACCUUUUCAACCUGAGCACAAUGUUUUGGCUGCAAUGGUGGACUGGGUCGAGAAGGGAGUGGCACCGGAUAGUAUUAUGGGGACGAAAUUUGUUGGGGAUGAUGUGGGAAACGGGGUGGCUCAUAAACAUCGUCACUGCAGAUAUCCGCUGAGGAGUGUUUACUCAGGAGUUGGACAUGAUCCGCUCGACGAAAAUAGCUGGCAAUGUCAAACAACAGAAGCAUAA